AUGGCGCCCCAGGCCUCCAUGGUCCGCGGCGCCUCCCUCCUCAUCCUCCUGCAGCUCCUCUCCCGCCUCGCCACCUUUCUCGCCAACCAGCUGCUCCUGCGCUUCCUCACCGCGCCGCUCCUCGGCCUCGCCACGCAGCUCGAGGUCUACUACCUCUCCGUCCUCUUCUUCGCCCGCGAGAGUCUGCGCGUCGCCAUCCAGCGCCAGGCCACCACCGCCACUGCCACUGCGCCAAAGACCUCCCCCGCAGCCACUGAUGGCGCGGCCACUGGCACCAAAGACAACAGCAAGGCCAGCAGACAGCAGGAUGCAGCGACACCAUCCGACUCGGACACGGAGCGUCGCGACGCCCAAGCCGUCGUCAACCUCGGCUACCUCGCCAUCCUCCUCGGCCUCGUCGCCGCCGUCGCCCUCGGCUGGACGUACCUCGCCUACGCCCCCGCCGCGACCCUCGCGACGCCCUUCCUAGCACGCAGCCUGCGCCUCUACGGCAUCGCCGCGGUCGUGGAGCUGCUCUCGGAGCCGUGCUUCGUGCUCAUGCAGACGCGGCUUCGCUUCGGCACCCGCGCCGCCGCCGAGUCCGCCGCCACGUUUAUCCGUUGCUUCGUCGUGUUCGGCUCCGCGCUGUUCGCGACGCGGAGGGGCGUCGACUUGGGCGUCUUGCCGUUUGCGCUUGGUCAGCUUGCGUAUGGGGCUGCGUUGCUGCUGGUGUAUCUCGUUGCUGGGCAGGGUCUCGCGUCGUCGCUUGGCUUCUCUCUCCUACCUCGGCCGGUUGCCGUGCCGGCUGGUCAACGGAAGCAGGGCGGCGAUGGGACGAAGGGUGAAUUCCUGUGCUCGUACUUUUACAGACCGACCAUGUCACUUGCGGGCAGCAUGAUGGCCCAGAGCGUCGUCAAGCACCUCCUCACCCAGGGCGACACUUUUCUCGUCUCGCUCCUCUCCACGCCCCAGGUCCAGGGCGUGUAUGCCCUCGCCAACAAUUACGGCGGACUCAUCGCGCGCCUUCUCUUCCAGCCCGUCGAAGAGAGCAGUCGGAGCUACUUCUCGCGCCUUCUCUCUGAUCAGUCCGUCCAGCGACCUGCCGAGAAGAAGCCCAGCCCGGAGGUCCAGGAAGCGAAACGCAGCCUGAGCACGCUUAUGCGCCUGUACAUCUUGCUCUCUGCCGUCGUGGUCGCUGUCGGCCCCUUUGCCGCGCCGUCGCUCCUCGCCAUCGUGGCGGGCAGACGUUGGACGGGCGUUGGCGCGGGGGACGUGCUCGGCGCGUACUGCUUCUACAUCCCAUUUCUCGCUCUCAACGGCCUGUCCGAGUCGUUUGUCGCGUCCGUCGCGUCCGAGGGCCAGGUGCACCGUCAAUCUGUGUGGAUGGGCGCCUUUUCCGUCGCGUUCGCAGCGUCGGCGUUCCUCUUCAUGCGGGUGCUCCCACUUGGAGCGCAGGGCCUGGUGCUCGCCAACUCGGUCAACAUGCUCUGUCGCAUCGUGUGGAGCGUCGCCUUCAUCAAGUCCUUCUUCGCGGCGCACAACACGGACUUUGCUGUGGCAGAGCUGAUACCCACGGCUACGGUGACGACAUCACUCGCGACUUUUGCGCUCCUCCACCAACUUCACGUCCUCGACACGGCAGAAACAGAGCCCGUAAAGACAUUGGUUAAGGUCGCGGGCACAGCAGCGCCGUUGCUUCUAUUGAUACUCUUCUUUGAGCGCACAUUCCUGCUCGAGUGUGCCCGUGCCGCUCGCGGCCGGCGAGCCGCCAAACAAUGA